UCCCGCACAGCAUGCCCGCCAGCGCCCCGCCGCGCCGCCCGCGGCCCCCGCUCGGGCUCCCGCCGCUGCUUCUGCUGCUGCUGGUCCUGGGCCGCCGCCUGCGCGCAGAGCCCGGGGACGGGGCGCAGACCUGGACCCGCUUCGCGCGGCCGCCGCCCCCCGAGGCCGCGGGGCUCCCGCACCGCACCUUCCCCGACGGCUUCUUCUGGGCGGCGGGCAGCGCCGCCUACCAGACGGAGGGCGGCUGGCGGCAGCACGGCAAGGCCGCGUCCAUCUGGGACACCUUCACCCACCGCCCCCCGGCGCCCCUGGGGGACUCCCCGGCCGCCGCCGGACAGCCGUCGGGCGCCCCGCCGCCCUUCUCGCCCGCCACCGGGGACGUGGCCGCCGACGGCUACAACCACGUUUUCCGCGACACGGAGGGGCUGCGGGAGCUGGGGGUCACCCACUACCGCUUCUCCAUCUCGUGGGCGCGGGUGCUCCCCAAUGGCAGCGCGGGCGCCCCCAACCGCGAGGGGCUGCGCUACUACAGGCGCCUGCUGGAGCGGCUGCGGGAGCUGGGCGUGUGGCCCGUGGUCACCCUGUACCACUGGGACCUGCCCCAGAGCCUGCAGGACGCCCUCGGCGGCUGGGCGCACCCCGGCCUGGCCGACCACUUCAGGGACUACGCCGAGCUCUGCUUCCGCCACUUCGGCGGCCAGGUCAAGCACUGGAUCACCAUCGACAACCCCUACGUGGUGGCCUGGCACGGCUAUGUCACUGGGCGCCUGGCCCCAGGGGUCCGGGGCAGCCCGCGACUCGGGUACCUGGUGGCGCACAACCUGCUCCUGGCUCAUGCCAAAGUCUGGCAUCUCUACAACACUUCUUUUCGUCCAAGCCAGGGAGGCCAGGUGUCCAUUGCCCUGAGCUCCCACUGGAUCACUCCUCGAAGAAUGACAGACCACAGCCUCAGGGAAUGUCAAAAAUCUCUUGACUUUGUACUCGGCUGGUUUGCCAAACCCAUAUUUAUUGAUGGUGACUAUCCCGAGAGUAUGAAAAAUAAUCUUUCUUCUCUCCUGCCGGAUUUUACUGAAUCUGAGAAGCAGUUCAUCAAGGGAACAGCUGACUUUUUUGCUCUUUCCUUUGGGCCGACCUUGAGUUUUCAGCUCCUGGAUCCUCACAUGAAGUUUCGCCAGCUAGAAUCCCCCAGCCUGAGGCAGCUCCUUUCCUGGAUUGACCUUGAAUAUAACCACCCUCAAAUAUUUAUUGUGGAGAAUGGCUGGUUUGUUUCAGGGACCACCAAGAUAGAUGAUGCCAAAUAUAUGUAUUACCUCAAAAAGUUCAUAAUGGAAACCUUAAAAGCCAUCAGGUUGGAUGGGGUGGAUGUCAUUGGCUACACAGCAUGGUCCCUCAUGGAUGGCUUUGAGUGGCAUAGAGGCUACAGCAUCAGGCGUGGGCUGUUCUAUGUCGACUUUCUCAGCCAGGAUAAGAAGUUGCUGCCGAAAUCUUCUGCCUUGUUCUACCAAAAGCUGAUAGAGAAAAAUGGCUUCCCUCCUUUGCCUGAAAACCAACCCUUAGAAGGGACAUUUUCCUGUGACUUUGCUUGGGGCAUUGUUGACAACUACAUUCAAGUGGAUACCACUUUGUCUCAGUUUAACGACCCCAACGUCUACCUGUGGGAUGUCCACAACAGCAAGAGGCUCAUCAAACUGGACGGAGUCACGGCCAAGAAGAGGAAGCCCUACUGCGUGGACUUUGCAGCCAUCCGGCCGCAGAUCGCCCUGCUGCGGGACAUGCACGUGUCGCACUUCCACUUCUCCCUGGACUGGGCGCUGCUCCUCCCGCUGGGCAACCAGUCCCAGGUCAACCACACGGCGCUGCACUACUACCGCUGCUUGGCCAGCGAGCUGGUGCGCGCCAACAUCACCCCGGUGGCGGCGUUGUGGCGACCUGCGGGCCUGCACCACGGCCUGCCGCAGCCCCUGGCCAAGCACGGCGCCUGGGAGAACCCGCACACCGCGCUGGCCUUCGCCGACUACGCGGGCCUGUGCUUCCGCGACCUGGGCGGCCACGUUAAAUUCUGGAUCACGGUGAGCGAGCCGAGCACCAGGAACAUGACCUAUAGCGCCGGCCACAACCUGCUGAGGGCGCACGCCCUGGCCUGGCGCCUGUAUGACCACAAGUUCCGGGCCGCUCAGAAAGGGCAGAUUUCCAUCGCCCUGCAGGCCGACUGGAUUGAGCCCGCCUGCCCUUUCUCCCAGAAGGACAGAGAAGUGGCCGAGAGGGUUCUGGAAUUUGACAUUGGCUGGCUGGCUGAGCCCAUUUUCGGCUCUGGAGAUUAUCCACCUGUGAUGAGGGAGUGGUUGAACCAGAAGAACAACUUUCUCCUUCCAUAUUUCACUGAAGAGGAUAAGAAGCUAAUCCAGGGUUCCUUUGACUUUUUGGCUUUCAGCCACUACACCACCAUCUUGGUGGACUGGGAGAAAGAGGAUCCCAUGAAAUACAACGAUUACCUGGAAGUGCAGGAAAUGACAGACAUCACCUGGCUCAACUCGCCAAGUCAGGUGGCCAUUGUGCCCUGGGGCUUACGCAAAGUACUCAACUGGCUGAAGGUGAAGUAUGGGAACCUCCCCAUGUACAUAAUAGCCAACGGCAUAGAUGAUGAUCCCCUGGCAGCCCAGGACAAGCUGAGGGUGUAUUAUAUGCAGAACUAUGUAAAUGAAGCUUUGAAAGCCUACAUAUUGGAUGGUAUCAAUCUUUGUGGCUACUUUGCUUAUUCAUUUAAUGAUCGCACAGCCCCGAAGUUUGGCCUCUAUCGGUAUGCUGCAAAUCAGUUUGAGCCCAAACCAUCUAUGAAGCAUUAUAGGAAAAUUAUUGACAACAAUGGCUUUCCAGGCCCUGAAACUCUGGGGAAAUUUUGUCCAGAAGAAUUCACCCUGUGCACUGACUGCAGCUUUUUUCAUACCCGGAAGUCUUUGCUGGCUUUCAUAGCUUUUCUACUAUUGACAUUUAUUGUUUCUCUUUCUCUGAUUUUACACUACUCUAAGAAAGGCAGAAGACGUUACAAAUAAUCCUAAACUAUUUCCUGUUGAUUUAUUUUUGUAAUAAUUCUGCACACAUCUCAGUUGUUAACCAUUUGUAUUGCUCAGUAUUGUGAAGCUACAAAUUUCAUUGAUCUGACUUUUGGAAAAACCUUUCCUUGGCAUGUGAUAGAGCUUUGGAAAUGAGCAACGGUGAUUGUCAAAUGGUGAAAUAAUUUAGGCAAGUGGUGCCUAAAUUAUUUCUUUUUGUUGUUCUCCUUCUCCUUCCUUAUCUUUUCUUUGUCUCCUUCUUUGUAGUGGUGACUAAAAAACAGAGGGCUCAUGAUUUCUGCAACAUACUCUAACAAAAAUGGGAGAAAAAAGAACGAUAUCAAUGUAACUUUUUUUUUUUUUUUUUACUGAAGUUGAAUAACAAGAUUAGGAAUCUUUUUAUUUUUCCCAUUCCUAAUGUAAUGGUUAUCUUAAAAUAAUAAUCAAAAGUGUUGGGAUAAUGUUAAGUCUCAAGUAACCAACUCUCACUGCCAUAGUAAUGACCAAUCACCAUUCUGUCAAACCAAAUUUCCCAUGAGAAAAAAGUUGGCAUAAUAUAAGAGAUGACAAAGGACCCUAGGCCAGAAUGUUCUUUUUAUUUUUUAUUUUUAGGCAGUGUUUCUGUCAACUGCUGCUAAUAUUAACUUACCCAUCUAGCCAUGUACUUAGUAUAGCAAAUUACAGAACUUUUUAUCUUACUUUAACUUUCUAUCUUUGAUUUUCAAAUUUGUAAAUUCUAGGCAUUGGAGCCAUUGCAUCUUGUUAGAGGUCAGCACAUAAGAGACUUUCCCUAAAUAUUUGCAGAAAAAUGACAAUGAAUCAUAAGAUACUGGAUUCUUCAGGAAACAUAAAGCAAUUAGGUAAUGCAUUAUGCUUCUGUAGCCCUAAAGGAGAAAAGGAGGAAAAAGUGCUUAUUAGAAGGAACAUUAUGAUUAAUAUGGUGAUAAACCCUUUUAUUUUGGAGCAGACCUUGAAAUGAAUGAGAUGUCCUUUCUUGAGAAACUAAGAACAAAAUAAUAACUCAUCCUAUAAAAUGACUUCACUUUUUGUCCAUAGUAAUAUGCUGUAAUUUCUCUGAGUUGAUAGCUAAAAAAAAAAAAAAAUUCUUAAUAUGUUCAAAGCAUUUGGUUGAAUAACACUGGAAGUUUUGUUUUCGUAACCACUGAGGUCCAUUUUAUGUUUUUGCUGCUACUGCUUUGGAACUAGCUUUGAACUAAUUUUGCUUUGAAAUUUUGCACUGAAACAUGUUACUGAUUUCAAGCAAGGGCUAAUUAGGUCUUAUCCUUUAAUGUCCCUUAAAUCUUUUUUUUUUUUUCCAGACUGGGAAGUCUUCUAUUACACUGGCAUUGAAACUGAUUCUAAUGUUUGUUUUAUAGAUAAGCCAAUAUCAUAUCCAGUAUAACUGAUCUCAGUAAUGCAGAAUUUUAGUGUAUAAUGACAUACUGUACUGUAUUAUCUAUCAUCUUUAGAGAUGGUAUGAUUUUUUUCCAUAAAAGACAUACUUUUGGUGGUAUUCUUUUAGAAAUCGACAUUAUUAUUAAAAUUGAAAACUAGAGAGUUUAUUUUAUGAAUAUAUUUUUUUCUGAUUGAAAGAGUAAUAUAUGUUCAUUGUAAAAAGUUUUUGAACAUAGAAGCUAUAUGUAAAUAAAAGAGUACGUGUUAUUUCAUUAUCUAAGUUAAUGACUAUUAACAUAGCCUCUGUAUUUUAACUCACAGAAUCAGAUCAUAUUGUAGAUAAUUAUGUAUCUUUAUUAGUUAUUAUUGUGUACAUUUCCUUAGCCAUCAGUCUAAAGUCAUGAUUUGUAGUAGUUGUAAUUAUACUACUAAAGAAUAUAUCACAGCAUUCUUAGUCAUUCCUAUUUUUUGAAUUAGUUUCUUGUUAUGAGUUACUAUUUAAUAAUGAAUGAUGUUUGAAAAUUAUUUUCUUGCAACUGUAUUUGACUUCUUUGAAUGUAGAGAGAAGUAAUUUUACUUCUUAAUAAAGUGUUAUAUUAAAUCUA